AUGGAGUCCCAGCGUGUCCUCUCCUCGUACCGAAAACGUUUCGGCCCCCACGGGGGAGGUUCCCCUUCUGCUCCCGGUUCCGUGCGUCUCUCGGUCGGACGGCUGUCGAUGCACGGCAGCCCCCGUCACCUCUCCCUCUCCAGCCCCGGAAACCUCACCGCCACCUCCAGGCUGUCGCUGGGCACCGAGAGGCUGGACUUUUCGGCCGACUCCCUGCUCAAGGCGCACUUCCGCGAGGCGCGCACCAACGAGAAAGUGGAGAUGAUGGGCCUGAACGACCGUUUCGCCAGCUAUAUCGAGAAGGUGCGGUUCUUGGAACAGCAGAACAAAGUCCUGGUGGCGGAGCUGAACCAGCUGAGGGGCAAAGAGCCCAGCCGACUCGGGGACAUCUACCAGGAGGAACUGAGGGAGCUCCGUCAGCAGGUGGAUGGACUUGGUGCGGGGAAAGCACGUCUGGAGGUCGAGAGGGAUAACCUGGCCGCGGACCUGGCCGCGCUCAAACAGAGACUCCAGGAUGAGAUAGCUCUGAGACAGGAAGCUGAAAACAACCUGAACACUUUCAGACAGGACGUGGAUGAAGCUGCUCUGAAUCGUGUGCAGUUAGAAAGGAAGAUUGAGGCUCUUCAGGAUGAGAUUAACUUCCUGAAGAAGAUCCAUGAUGAGGAAAUGAGGGAACUCCAGGAGCAGCUGUUGGCCCAGCAGGUGCAUGUUGACAUGGAUGUGUCUAAGCCAGACCUGACUGCCGCCCUUAGGGAUAUCAGAGUCCAGUAUGAAGCCAUGGCAACGUCCAACAUGCAGGAAACUGAGGAAUGGUACCGUUCUAAGUUUGCUGAUCUGACCGACGCAGCCAAUCGUAACGCAGAGGCUCUGAGACAGGCAAAGCAGGAGGCCAAUGAGUAUCGCCGUCAGGUUCAGGGCCUGACCUGUGAUCUGGAGGCGCUCCGUGGAACAAAUGAGUCCCUGGAGAGACAGCUGCGUGAGAUGGAGGAACGCUUUGCUCUGGAGACGGCGGGUUACCAGGAUACAAUCGCUCGUCUGGAGGACGAGAUUCAGACCCUGAAAGAGGAGAUGGCCAGGCACCUGCAGGAGUACCAGGACCUGCUCAAUGUCAAACUGGCCCUUGACAUUGAGAUCGCCACCUACAGGAAACUUCUGGAAGGAGAGGAGAGCAGAAUUACAGUCCCAGUGCAGAGUUUCUCCAACCUGCAGUUCAGAGAAACCAGUUUGGACACUAAGCUGUCUCCAGAGGCCCAUGUUAAGAGAAGUAUUGUGGUGCGGACUGUGGAGACCCGCGAUGGCGAGAUCAUUAAAGAGUCCACCACGGAGAGGAAGGAGCUUCCCUAA